AUGGCAUCCGUCACCAUCACUGGGUCCAGUCGGCGUCUUCCACGUAUCUCCAGUAAGUUCACCAUCUUCAUACGUACUUUUCAAGAGACAUUUCAAGCACCCGGGACUGCGAGCCGCCGGCCGGGGCCGGAGGGCGCCCGCCUGCCCUAUGAGCGCGGGGGAAGCCGGGCGCGGGAGCGGGGCGCUCGGCAGCCGGACUCCUCCUCCUCCUCCCCCCGCUCAGCGCGCCCGGCCCGGGGCGCCCCCCGCCGCCCAGCCCCCGGCGGCCCCCGGGCGCGGCAUGCGUUCGCCGCCGCCGCGCCUGGGCUGAGCGGGGACGCGGAGCCGGGUCCCCGCGGGGGGAAGCGGAGCCGCCGCCCGCGCGCGCGCGCCUGCCCGGGGGCCCGCCGGGGCCGGCCUGGGGAGCGGCGGCGGCCGGAGCGGGACGCGCUCGCUCCCUCGCUCGCUCGCCGGCCGGGCGGCCCGGGCACCCGGCGGAGGAGACAGGUGGCCAUGUCUCUCGUGCAGGCGUGCCGCAGCCUGGCUCUCUCAACAUGGCUGCUUUCCUUUUGUUUCGUGCAUCUGCUGUGCCUGGACUUCACGGUGGCCGAGAAGGAGGAGUGGUACACCGCCUUCGUGAACAUCACCUACGCCGAGCCCGGGCCGGGGCCCGGGGCCGGGGCCGGGGCCGGGGCCGGCGCGGAGCUGCGCUCGGAGCGCACCGAGUGCGGGCGCUACGGCGAGCACUCGCCCAAGCGCGACGCCCGCGGCGAGGUGGCCAUGGCCCGCGCGGCCCACGAGCGCCUGGCCUGCGACCCCGGCACCGCCUUCGCCGCGCCCGCGCACGGCCGGCCCUGGAUCGCGCUCAUCCCCCGGGGCAACUGCACCUACCGGGACAAGAUCCGCACCGCCUUCCUGCAGAACGCCUCGGCCGCGGUCAUCUUCAACGUGGGCGCCGGCGCCAACGACACCCUCACCAUGCCGCACGCGGGUGUAGAAGACAUCGUGGCCAUCAUGAUUCCGGAGCCGAAGGGCAAGGAGAUAGUGAGCCUGCUGGAGAGGAACGUCACGGUCACCAUGUACAUCACCAUUGGGACGCGGAACUUGCAGAAAUACGUGAGCCGCACUUCCGUGGUGUUUGUCUCCAUCUCCUUCAUUGUGCUGAUGAUCAUAUCCCUGGCGUGGCUGGUCUUUUAUUACAUCCAGAGGUUCCGUUAUGCAAACGCCAGGGACAGGAACCAGCGCCGACUGGGAGAUGCAGCCAAGAAAGCCAUCAGCAAGCUCCAGGUCAGGACCAUCAAGAAGGGUGACAAGGAAACCGAGUCCGACUUUGACAACUGCGCCGUGUGCAUCGAAGGGUACAAGCCCAACGACGUGGUCAGAAUCCUGCCCUGCCGGCAUCUUUUCCACAAGUCCUGUGUUGACCCCUGGCUUCUAGACCAUCGCACCUGCCCCAUGUGCAAGAUGAACAUUCUUAAAGCCCUAGGGAUCCCGCCCAACGCCGACUGCAUGGACGAGCUGCCCACGGACUUCGAGGGCUCCCUGGGAGGGCCGCCCACCAAUCAGAUCACGGGGGCCAGCGACACCACGGUGAACGAGAGCUCCGUCACGCUGGACCCGGCCGUGCGGACCGUGGGAGCCCUGCAGGCGGUCCAGGACGCAGACCCCACGCCCCACGAAGGAGACGUCAUCUUCACCACCAACGGUGAGCAGGAACCAGCCGUAAGCAGCGAUUCCGACAUCUCUCUGAUUAUGGCCAUGGAGGUUGGACUCUCUGAUGUAGAACUUUCCACUGACCAAGACUGCGACGAGGUGAAAUCCUGAGAUGGUGAAUCCAGAAAACAGAGACAGCAGGACCUGAAGGCAUAGAAGGACAGGUGCUCCAAGACAUGACCCAGGCGUCCAACCUUCCGGUCCCCGGGGCCGCUCCGGGCCGCUUCGCUCAAGGAUGGUAACGAAAGCAAUACCCAAAGUCUCUUCAUCGGGAUUUUUCCCCGGCUCAGCCCCAGUCCAGGGCCCGGGCGGCUUGGAAGUCGAAAGCUGAGUUUUCCCGCUUAUGCCCUUGUAGACAAACCCACCACCGAAGCUCCUAAAGCAGAAACCGAAAGGAAACCUUCAGGGUUUCGUAGUUUUGUUUCCAUUUUUCCAGGUUGUAUUAUUUUUUUUUUGUCGGGGGGGGCGGGGGUGAAGAUUGUGUGAUUUCCUUGGCAAUUCCUUUUAAAAGACCGUGUUGUCGUUUACAUCAACUCCUUUGUCUUUCCUUUGAUUCACUCCAGCUGUGUGCGAGGUCUGUCCAGAAGCACCAGCUGCUGCCACAACCAAUCCUCUUGUGUUGCACUUGAGAUGGGCGGCC